AUGCCCAUCUCACUGCUGCCCAAGGGCCAGGACACCAAGUCCUCCAUUGUCUAUCUGUCCCCCAAACACCCCAUGCCCCGGAGUGGGAAGACCCCAGCUCCAGGGCUUGAUUCAGCCAUAGGAGAAUGUGAGGUGUUGAGACGGGAUGCCAGCAAAGAGGAGCUGCCUGUCCGGGGCCCAGACAAGGAGAGAGACAAGGAUCUUGGUCCUCGGCUCCGACUCCCCUCGGCCCCCAUACCUGUCAGUCUCUCUAUCCUGGAUUCCAUCUGUGACUCACUAAGCAUUGCUUUCCGUGGGGUCAGUCACUGCCCUCCUAGUGGGCUCUACGCUCACCUCUGCCGCCUCCUGGCCUUGUGCCUGGGCCACCGGGAUCGCUAUGCCACUGCCUGCCUUGUCACCGAGUCUGUCUCCAUCACCUGUCGCCACCAGCUGCUCAUCCACCUCCACAGGCAGCUCAGCAAGGCCCAGAAGCGCCGAGGAUCGCUUGAAAUAGCAGACCAGCUGCAGGGGCUGAACCUCCAGGAGAGGCCUGGAGACAUACCCCUGGCCCGCAUCCAGCGCCUCUUUUCCUUCAGAGCGUCGGGAUCUGGCCACUUCCCCCAGCCUGAGGAGGACAGUUUCCGGGAGCGCCUGGCUCUGAUCCCUAGUGGGGUGACCGUGUGUGUGUUGGCCCUGGCCACCCUCCAGCCUGGAACCAUGGGUAACACCCUCCUGCUGACCCGGCUGGAAAAAGACAAUCCCCCGGUCACUGUGCAGAUCCCCACUGCCCAGAACAAGCUUUCUGUGAGUUCGGCCCUGAAAGAGUUUGACGCCAUCCAGAAGGAACAGAAAGAGAACAGCAGCUGUACUGACAAGCGGGAAUGGUGGACAGGGCGGCUGGAACUGGACCGUAGGAUGGAGGUCCUCACCACUUCCCUAGAGAAGUAUGUGCUGGGCUGCUGGCGGGGGCUGUUGCUGCCAUCCAGUGAGGACGCCGGCCCUGCCCAGGAGGCCUCCCGUCUACAAGAAUUGCUGCAGGAAUGUGGCUGGAAGUAUCCUGACCCCACUCUGCUGAAAAUCAUGCUCAGCGGUGCCAGUACCCUCACCCCACAGGACGUUCAGGCCCUGGCUUAUGGGCUGUGCCCAGCCCGGCCAGAACGAGCCCAAGAGCUCCUGAGUGAGGCAGUAGAGCGUCUACAGGGUCAGACGGUACCAAGCAGUAGGCAUCUUGUCUUGGUGCUGGACAAGGACCUACAGAAGCUCCCGUGGGAGAGCAUGCCCAGCCUCCGGGCCCUGCCUGUCACUCGGCUGCCCUCCUUCCGAUUCCUACUCAGCUACUCCAUCAUCAAAGAGUCUGGGGCCUCGUCGGUGCUGAGCCAAGGGGUGGAUCCUCGCAGUACCUUCUACGUCCUGAAUCCCCACAAUAACCUGUCAAGCACAGAGGAGCAAUUCCGAGCCCAUUUUAGCAGUGAAGCUGGCUGGAAAGGGGUGGUCGGGGAGGUGCCGAGCCCGGAACAGGUGCAGGCGGCCCUGGCGGAGCAUGACUUGUACAUCUAUGCAGGGCAUGGGGCCGGUGCCCGCUUCCUGGAUGGGCAGGCUGUCCUGCGGCUGAGCUGCCGGGCAGUGGCCCUUCUGUUUGGCUGCAGCAGUGCAGCCCUGGCUGUGCACGGAAACCUGGAGGGGGCUGGCAUCGUGCUCAAGUAUAUCAUGGCUGGCUGCCCCCUGUUUCUAGGUAACCUCUGGGAUGUGACUGACCGUGACAUUGACCGCUACACAGAGGCUUUGCUGCAGGGCUGGCUUGGAGCAGGCCCAGGAGCCCCACUUCUGUACUACGUCAGCCAGGCCCGCCAGGCUCCCCGACUCAAGUAUCUUAUUGGGGCUGCACCUGUAGCCUAUGGCUUGCCUGUCUCCCUGCAGUGACCCCUUGGAGCUCUCCUGUUGCUGAUAGAAGCCAUGUGACUGUUCUACCUCCAAACUUAGAUUUGGCCCUUACGAUAACUAUUUUAAAUGAUUUUCCCCAGUGUUUUAUAUGAAACAUUUCCUUUUGAUUUAAUUUUUAAUAUAAUAAAGA